UUUUUAGAAUUUGACACACGUGCCGCGUGGAGUUUUGCCCCGCAGCACAAUGGUCGCGACUACAGACAAGAAGCCCGCUGAGAAGAAGGUGGUGAAGGGUAAAGAGGACAGCAAGAAGCUGCCAGCAGUCCCUGAGUCAGUCCUUAAGCACCGCAAGCGCAGGGAAGCACUCAAAACCCGCAGACUACAGGUGACCCUUAAAAGACGUUCAGCCGCCGUCAAGAAAAGGAAAGAAAUCUUCAAGAGGGCAGAGCAGUAUGUCAAAGAAUACAGAAUCAAGGAGCGCGAUGAGAUCAGGCUAGCCAGACAAGCACGCAACCGCGGCAACUACUAUGUUCCCGGAGAGGCUAAACUCGCCUUUGUCAUCCGUAUCCGUGGUAUCAACCAGGUUUCACCCAAGGUACGCAAAGUCCUGCAGCUAUUCAGACUGCGUCAGAUCAACAAUGGUGUCUUUGUUAAACUGAACAAGGCCACCGUCAACAUGCUCAGGAUCGCGGAGCCCUACAUCACGUCGGGGUCACCACUUUAG